GCAGUUGCUGCUGUCACAGUUUCUCCUGGAUUCUAAAUUGUGCGGAUCUCUUCUUCACACUGCAAACAUGGAUCUGAAACUGAUCGUAAUAUUCGCUCUGAUGGUGGUCGUCAUUCAUGCACCGGUUUCAAGUGCCAAGCCCAUUAGCCUGGUAGAGAGAUGCUGGUGCCGUUCCACAGUCAACACAGUCCCACAGAGAAGCAUUCGCGAGCUCAAGUUCCUCCACACACCAAACUGCCCCUUCCAAGUCAUUGCCAAACUGAAGAACAACAAGGAGGUGUGCAUUAACCCAGAGACCAAAUGGCUGCAACAGUACCUGAGGAAUGCCAUGAACAAAAUGAAAAAAGCCCAACAACAGCAAAGCUAAGAAGUCUGCCAGAUGACAAGAGAAUCUGACACAGCCCACCGUCACAGAUAUGUAUCAUAUAGUCCUCUGGCAUGCUCGCUGACCCAGCACUUAACCUGCCAAAUAUGCAUCCCCAGUAAAUGACCACCAGACCAUCAUCACCACCCAUGUAGUCUCCUCUGUUAGCGCCAAGUGCAAUUAUAUAUGUAUGACUGUGUUUUUUUACGUAUGAUAUGUAUAUACAAUGUUUUUAUAUAUCGUCUUAAAAACAGUAAAGAGAUAUUUUUGGAGUCGUGUUUGCUCCGUGUUUGUUGUGUUAUGAUGGGUUAGGCAGAACUGAGAUACUGAGGUAUUUUGGAGCAAACAUUCAAAACUCUGAAAUAUAUUUUAAUCUCAGAUGUAAAAGAAUAUGUGACUUCACAUUAGCAGGACUGAAGUUCUUUCAACUCAUAUGCAUGCAAGUGCUUUGACAGAAAAAUAAGGGCAUUGAUUUUCAACUAUUUCGUUAUGUAUUUUACUAGUUCAUAACUUAGAUAUCUGUAACAGCAUAAACUGCAUGUAAAAGUUAUAUGGCAUAUAAAAAAAGAGUCACUUGUUUUUGUUCUUGGAAAGGCAGGGUUACUUUGCAAAACAAACAUGAACAAUUACCCAAAUAGUUUUUGAAUGACUUUAUGUAAUAGGCUUAAUGGAAGGCAUUCGAACACCAAUAGAAAGUCUUUUGCAAUGUUCUGUAGAUACCAAAACAUCUGUGCUUGCAAAUGUUAAUUGACAGAUCAGAGUGUGCGUAAGGAGCUUGGUGUCACAACAUACUAAAUGUUGCUCCACGUUCAGCAGAAUUAUGUCAUGAACAGCGAUAUUAUAGACAUCGGUUAACAAAGAAAAAAGAGGUUAGUGAAUUUAAAGCAGUGUUCUGCAAGUACUAAUGAGUCAAUUAAUUCAUUCAAUGAUGAAAAACUGAAUUGAAAGCAUGGUAGGCAUGAUAAUCUUUAAAAAAAAAACAGCAGUGUUAGUGGAACAUCUGAGGUAGACCUUGAGGCAGAACUAAUUGAUGAAAUGACUACCUAUAUAUAACAAUGCACUUUAUAACCCCUUGUGACAUUGACAGAAAAAAAAAGAUUCUGAAUGACGCCCAUUACACAGUGAAUAGUUCUAGUGCCUAAUGUUUUCUGUGUUUAGACGUAGUUAUGACUGUAUUGCUGUAAAUGUAUUAAACAUCUGUAUCUUCAGCAUCAUAUAUUUUUUUUUAUUUUGAGUGGGUUUAUUUGAUAUUUUUUUGGAAUAUUUGACAACUAUGUUUAAGAACAGUCAGAUUGAUUGUUCAGUUAAACAUCAACAGCAGCUGAAUAACUGAUAUGUAUAAUAAUAAAUGUCAAUAGAUACAUUUAAAAAAACUAAAACAAUUUAUAAAUAUCUGAUUUUGAAAUCGAGGCACAAAAAAACUUAACCAGAAAAGACAUCUCAAAAGUGUGUCUCAUGUUACCCUUGGACAACUGUUUUGUCUAGGAAUACACAUAAUGUGAACACCAAACAUAUAGGAAAGUAUGUCAAUGACUUGUACCUCUCCAAAGAAAAUUAGUGUAUGGAAUUUGUUACAUUACUACCAAUUUCAUAAUGUUGAGCCGUUAAAAGAACCAGACCUCACAAACACAACCCUGAGGCACAAAAUCUAUAAGGAAACAUAAUGCCUCUAUAUACUCUGUGCCUCCACAGGAGUCUGUGUACAGGAUGAGGGGUUAUAGCCCCCCCGCCAGUACAGUACAUCUUGCA